AUGCUGUCUAUUUUUUCUGAUAUGAUUAGAAAAUGCAUAGAAAUUUUUAUGGACGAUUUUUUUAUUUUUGGUGAAUCAUUUGAUGAAUGCUUAAAUCAUUUACAGUAUGUACUUGAGAAAUGCAUAAAGAAAAAAUUAGGGAGUUGGGAGAAAUCACAUUUUAUGUUUAAAGAGGGAGUUGUGUUGGGUUAUAUUGUGAGUGAAAGGGGUUUAGAGGUGAAUAGAGUAAAAAUUGAUGUUAUAUCUAAAAUGAAACCUCCAAAUUCAGUAAAACAAAUUAGAUCUUUCUUGGGUCAUCUAGGUUAUUACAGAAAAUUUAUUCAAGAUUUUUCGAAAAUUUCUAAACCUCUCACUAUGCUAUUAUCUAAAGAUGUGCCUUUUAAUUUUGAUGAGAAAUGUUUUGAGUCUUUUUCCAAAAUAAAAAGAUUACUUCCUGAGGCACCUAUUUUACAAGCUCCUGAUUGGUCCCUUCCCUUUGAAAUAAUGUGUAAUGCAUCAAAUUAUGCAGUGAGGGCCAUUCUUGGACAAAUAAAAGAGUCAAAACCGAUAGUAAUUUCAUAUGCUAGUAAAACUAUAUCUGAUGCUCAAUUAAAUUAUACCACGACUGAAAAAGAGUUGUUAGCUAUAGUAUUUUCGUUAGAAAGGUUUAGAUCAUAUAUUUUGGGAGCUAAAAUUAUUAUUUAUACUGAUCAUGCAGUAUUAAAAUAUCUAUUAAAAAAGAAAGAUGCAAAGCCAUGUUUAUUAAGAUGGAUUUUAUUAUUACAAGAAUUUGACUUAGAAAUAAAAGAUAAAAAAGGUUUCGAAAAUGUUUUUACUGACCAUCUUUCUAGAUUAAGUGAUAUACGAAUAAAUGCAGCACCUUUACAAGACACAUUUCUAGAUGAACAAUUGAUGAUAGUUCAACAUCAACCAUCACCAUAG